AUGAGCCAAGUUAAUACAAGUCAAGGACCAGUGGCACAGGGGCGUCAAAGAAGAUUGUCGUCGCUAAGUGAGUUUAAUGACCCAUUUUCGAAUGCUGAAGUUUAUUAUGGUCCAACGACCGACCCAAGGAAGCAGAAACAGGCAAAGCCCGCGAAGAUUAAUCGGACAAGGACUAUGAGUGUUUUCGACAAUGUCUCUCCCUUCAAGAAAACUGGGUUUGGUAAACUUCAACAGACUAGGCGUGGUUCUGAAGAUGACACUUAUUCAAGCAGCCAAGGAAAUCGUCGUUUCUUCAUCGAAGAUGUUGAUAAGACGCUCAAUGAACUACUGGCCGCUGAGGAUACUGAUAAAAACUAUCAGAUCACCAUCGAAGAUACCGGUCCUAAGGUCCUGAAAGUCGGUACUGCAAACUCUUACGGUUAUAAACAUAUCAAUAUUAGGGGUACAUAUAUGUUAUCUAAUUUGUUACAGGAAUUGACUAUUGCAAAGAGUUUUGGUAGGCAUCACAUUUUCUUAGAUGAAGCACGCAUAAACGAAAAUCCUGUCAACAGGUUAUCAAGAUUGAUUAAUACACAGUUCUGGAAUUCCCUUACCAGAAGAGUUGAUUUGAACAAUGUAGGAGAAAUUGCAAAAGAUACUAAGAUUGAUACGCCGGGGGCAAAAAACCCAAGAAUUUAUGUUCCUUAUGAUUGUCCAGAACAAUACGAAUUUUAUGUCCAAGCUUCUCAAAUGCAUCCAUCUUUAAAAUUAGAAGUUGAAUAUUUACCAAAAAAAAUAACUGCAGAGUACGUUAAGUCUGUCAAUGACACCCCUGGUUUAUUAGCGCUAGCCAUGGAGGAACAUUUCAAUCCUUCCACUGGUGAAAAAACACUUAUUGGUUACCCCUAUGCUGUUCCUGGUGGUAGAUUCAAUGAAUUAUAUGGUUGGGAUUCCUAUAUGAUGGCUUUAGGUCUCCUAGAAGCUAAUAAGACUGAUGUCGCAAGGGGUAUGGUAGAGCAUUUUAUUUUUGAGAUCAAUCAUUACGGGAAAAUAUUGAAUGCAAAUAGAAGUUAUUAUUUAUGCAGAUCACAACCUCCAUUUCUAACUGAAAUGGCCUUAGUGGUGUUCAAAAAACUCGGUGGUAAGAGUAAUCCCGAUGCUGUCGAUUUACUAAAAAGAUCUUUCAAAGCCAGCAUAAAAGAAUAUAAAACUGUUUGGACCGCCUCUCCAAGACUUGAUCCGGAAACGGGUUUGUCUAGAUACCAUCCUAAUGGUCUCGGCAUUCCUCCAGAAACUGAAAGUGACCACUUUGAUACUGUUUUACUGCCAUAUGCAUCGAAACACGGCGUUACAUUGGAUGAGUUCAAGACACUUUAUAACGAUGGUAAGAUAAAGGAGCCUAAACUAGAUGAGUUCUUUCUCCACGACCGCGGCGUUAGAGAAUCUGGGCAUGACACCACAUAUAGAUUUGAAGGUGUAUGCGCUUACCUUGCAACUAUUGAUUUAAAUUCCCUUCUUUACAAAUAUGAGAUCGAUAUAUCAAACUUCAUAAAGGAAUUUUGCGAUGAUAAGUAUGAAGAUCCUUUGGAUCAUUCCAUAACCACUUCAGAUACUUGGAAAGAAAUGGCUAAAAUCAGACAAGAGAAAAUAACUAAAUACAUGUGGGAUGACGAAUCAGGUUUUUUCUUUGACUAUAAUACGAAGAUCAAACAUAGAACUUCAUAUGAAUCGGCAACUACGUUUUGGGCAUUAUGGGCGGGCCUUGCGACGAAGGAGCAAGCACAGAAAAUGGUGGAGAGAGCAUUGCCUAAGUUGGAAAUGCUUGGAGGUCUCGCUGCGUGUACAGAGCGCUCUAGAGGUCCAAUUUCCAUUUCAAGACCAAUUAGGCAAUGGGACUAUCCAUUUGGUUGGGCACCUCACCAAAUUCUUGCUUGGGAAGGUCUUCGCUCUUAUGGUUAUAUAACUGUGACAAACAGGCUAGCAUAUAGAUGGCUUUUCAUGAUGACAAAGGCAUUUGUUGAUUACAAUGGUAUUGUAGUGGAAAAAUAUGAUGUCACAAGAGGAACAGAUCCUCAUCGUGUGGAAGCAGAAUACGGUAAUCAAGGUGCCGAUUUCAAAGGUGCCGCUACUGAAGGUUUUGGUUGGGUCAAUGCCAGUUAUAUUCUUGGCUUGAAGUAUAUGAACAGUCACGCAAGAAGAGCGCUUGGUGCUUGCAUUCCACCAAUCUCCUUCUUUAGCAGUUUGAGACCUCAAGAAAGAAGUCUUUAUGGACUAUAG